CGGUGUAUGGGGUCAUGGUGUACGCUGCCCGGUGUGGGGACCCGGUUCGUGCGGUGCCGAGGGCGGCCCAGCAGCGCGGCCCCGUGGGGCGCCGGUUCCGGUUCCGGUGGGGCCGUGGGGGGGGCGGGGCCGCGGGUCGGAGCGUGCGCGGUGCGUCCGGGCGGCGCUGGGACCCGCAGAACAAGGGGCGAGGGGGGAGCGGAGCGGGCGGGCCGGAACCGGGCCGGGCCCGAACAGCGAGGGAGCCGGGCCCGGGCCGGGCCGAGCGGGACCGCGGCGGGAGGGCGGCCGGAGGCGGCGCGGGGGGUCUCGGGCCGGGCCGGGGGCGGAGGAGCGGCGGCCCGGCGGCCGGGCAGGGGCGCCAUGGCGGCGGCCGAGACGGAAGAUCAUCUACCACCUGGACGAGCAGGAAAGACGCCGUACUGGUGAAGCUGCCCAUCCCGGCCGAGCGCGUCACACUCGGCGACUUCAAGGGCCUCCUCAACCGGCCCAACUACAAGUUCUACUUCAAGUCCAUGGACGACGAUUUCGGGGUGGUGAAAGAGGAAAUCUCAGAUGACAAUGCCAAGCUUCCCUGUUUCAACGGCCGGGUGGUGUCGUGGCUGGUAUCUGCAGAGGGUUCCCAUUCAGAUGCUGGGUCAGUCUGUGCCGAUAACCAAACAGAGCUGCCACCCUCCAUGGAGCGCACAGGAGGAAUCGGAGACUCCAGGCCCCCCUCCUUCCACCCUAAUACUGGGGGGAGUCGGGAAAACUUGGACAACGAGACAGAGACAGACUCAGUGGUGUCAUCACAAAGGGAGCGACCUCGUCGAAAAGAUGGACCCGAGCAUGCACCCAGAGUGAACGGGACAGUGAAGGGAGAGCGGCGCCGAGACCUGGGCGGGUACGAAAGCUCCUCCACACUCAUGAGCAGUGAGCUGGAGACCACCAGCUUCUUCGAUUCAGAUGAAGACGACUCCACUAGCAGGUUUAGCAGUUCGACAGAGCAAAGCAGUGCUUCCCGUCUGAUGAGGAGGCACAAGCGACGCAGGCGGAAACAGAAGGCUCCACGCAUUGAGCGGUCAUCAUCCUUCAGCAGCAUCACAGACUCUACCAUGUCCCUGAACAUCAUCACUGUCACACUAAACAUGGAGAAGUAUAACUUUCUGGGCAUUUCCAUUGUGGGACAGAGCAAUGAGCGUGGUGAUGGAGGCAUUUACAUUGGCUCCAUCAUGAAGGGUGGUGCUGUGGCAGCUGAUGGCAGGAUUGAGCCAGGAGACAUGCUCUUGCAGGUGAAUGACAUCAACUUUGAGAACAUGAGCAAUGAUGAUGCUGUGCGGGUGCUGAGGGAAAUUGUGCACAAGCCGGGGCCCAUCACCCUGACGGUGGCCAAGUGCUGGGACCCCAGCCCGCGGGGCUGCUUCUCGUUACCCAGGAGUGAGCCUAUCCGGCCCAUUGACCCAGCAGCCUGGGUGUCUCACACGGCAGCGAUGACUGGCACCUACCCAGCGUACGGUAUGAGUCCAUCCAUGAGCACAAUCACUUCCACCAGCUCCUCCAUCACCAGCUCCAUCCCAGAGACCGAACGCCUCGAUGACUUUCACCUGUCCAUCCACAGUGACAUGGCCACUAUUGUCAAAGCCAUGGCCUCACCAGAGUCAGGCUUGGAGGUGCGUGAUCGCAUGUGGCUGAAGAUCACCAUCCCCAAUGCCUUCAUUGGUUCGGAUGUGGUGGACUGGCUGUAUCAUCAUGUGGAGGGCUUUACAGACCGCCGUGAAUCCCGCAAAUACGCCAGCAAUCUGCUGAAGGCCGGCUACAUCCGACACACUGUGAACAAGAUCACCUUCUCUGAACAGUGCUAUUACAUCUUCGGGGACCUCUGUGGAAACAUGGCUAAUCUGUCCCUUCAUGAUCACGAUGGCUCCAGCGGUGCUUCAGAUCAGGACACUUUGGCUCCGCUCCCACACCCAGGAGCUGCACCCUGGCCCAUGGCUUUCCCGUAUCAGUAUCCACCACCUCACCCAUACAACCCACACCCCGGCUUCCCUGACCCAAGCUACAGCUACGGAGGGGGCAGUGCAGGCAGCCAGCACAGUGAAGGGAGCCGGAGCAGUGGUUCCAAUCGCAGUGGCAGCGAGAGGAGGAAGGAAAGAGAGAAGACCGGAGAGUCCAAGUCCGGUGGCAGUGGGAGUGAAUCAGACCACACCACGAGGAGCAGCAUGCGGCGUGAGCGUGCGGCCAGCGAGCGCUCGGUGCCUGCCAGCCAGCACAGCCAGCGUAGCCAGCACUCUCUGGCUCACAGCAUCCGCAGCCAUCACAGCCAGCAAUCCUACGGGCCGCCCGGCCUCCCCCCUCUCUUCAGCCCCCCCAUGUUGCUGAUGCCUCCACCACCGUCAGCCAUGGGGCCCCCCGGGGCACCGCCGGGCCGUGACCUGGCAUCUGUGCCCCCCGAACUGACAGCCAGUAGACAGUCCUUCCGAAUGGCCAUGGGCAACCCCAGUGAGUUCUUUGUGGAUGUAAUGUGAAGCGCCCGUCCCCUGUCUGUCUGCUGCCCCUCCUUCCCCCCCUUCCAUCCCCAUCGUUUGUCUCCUAGGACCAGCCCUGGCUUCAUCCCUUGUUUUUUUGGGAUUUUUUUUUUUUUUUUUGUCUUGAUAACUAAAAGAAAAAAAAAAAGGGAAAAAAAAAUAAUAAAUGGAACUAAACCUUGAUUCUAAUCCCUCCUCAAGUGGGGUGGACGGGCCUGGCAGCCCUGCUGCGUUCCACCAGCCCAUCCCGCCACCAGAACCAUGUAUUGCUGAUGGUUAUUCCCUCCUGAUGGUAAUUCCCUCCUGCCAUCCUCUCUAACCCCAUUAAUCCGCAUCCAUCCCAGCACCCUGUGCUGCUUGCCCGUGUGUCGCUGCUGCCUCACUCCUUCCGCCCUAAACAUUCUCUUCUUUCUUGUCACCCUUUUGUGUUUCUUCUAUCAAGCAGCAAAGAAUUACGGGGUGUUUGACUUUCUCUGAGCCUGCUGCCCACAGGGGGGAGAGCUGGAGCGUGGCGUGGCCCGACAGGAGGACACGGAGCUCCAAGGGCGCUGUGCGCGCAUGGCGCUGAAGAUGGCUGCUUUUCUCCCCCUAGCGGAAGACGCCCUGAGAGGGGAGCCGGGCCCAGCCUUACAUGAAUUUUAAAUCCCUUUGUAGUUGCCUUUCA